AUGGAUUAUUUAUUUAAAGUUCUUAAUUUGUGGCAGAAUCUUGUGAGCCCUUAUCAAUAAUGGAUUAUUGUUAUGAAGAAAAUCAAGAAAUUUAACCAAAAACUUUAAAAACAGAAAAAUUAGAAAAAAUAGAAAUGCCUAAAGAGAAAUCUAUUAGAAGUUAUCUUUCUUUAAAUAAAAUAGUCUAUAGUUAAUCGUCCUUAGAAAAAAGAACCUUAUGGAUCUGAUUGGGCUCAAGGAAUUUUAGCUAAAUAAUUUGGAGUUCAAAUAACAUAAGGAAGUUAGACAUUAAGUCCAAAAUGGAUAAUAAAAAAAGUAUAACCAAUAGAAUUUUCAUAGAAUAAUGCUCUGAUAGAUCCAAAAAUUGCAAAGGUAUAUGCAUAUCUUAAAUUAGGAUUUCAAAUCAUAAGAGAAAUUAUUUCGUCAGACUGCAACUGAAAGCCAUAGAAAAAGAUUAGGUAAAGUAAUUAAAUAAUAUUAAUAAUCAUUUAAUGGUUAAAUUUCACCACAACAUUAAUAGGCUUAGUUUAAUUAUUAAUAUAAAUUGCCUUCGAUUCCAUGA